AUGCCGGCCGAGGAAGAACCCGCGGCCAUGGAGAGCCGAGAUGCCGACGGUUCACCCCAGCAAUUCUGCCUGCGAUGGAAUAACUACCAGAGCAAUCUUGCGAACUGCUUUGAUCAACUACUGCAGACCGAGUCGUUUGUCGAUGUGACCCUCGCGUGCGAAGGGCAGAGCCUAAAAGCGCACAAGGUGGUGUUGUCGGCGUGCAGCCCCUACUUCCAGACCCUGUUCAUGGAUAAUCCGUGCCGACACCCGAUUAUAAUAAUGCGGGACAUAAAGUACUGCGACCUGAAGGCCGUGGUGGACUUCAUGUACCGUGGGGAGAUAAACGUGUCGCAGGAUCAGAUAACUGCUCUCCUGAAAGUGGCCGAGACGUUGAAGAUAAGGGGAUUGACUGACGUAAGCGGUGACCAGACGGUGUUGAGGCCUGGCGGCGUGGAGGCGCGCGCGUCCAAGAGGCCGGUGAGCCGCGAGGCUGAGUCCCCGGCGAAGGCCCGCCGGCGAGCCUCCGCCGACCGGAGCCCGGGCCCUAGCCCACGGCCCGCCACCUCGCCCGCCACGGAGCCCACUGCUGAUCUGGCCCCGGCGCCGCCGCUGCACGUGGACGACGUGGAUAUUCGGCCCGGCAUCGCCGAGAUGAUCCGUGAGGAGGAGAGGGCUAAACUUCUGGAAAGCUCGCAUGCAUGGCUCGGAGCAUCGACGUCAUCUAUCGCAGCAGACAGCUACCAGUACCAGCUUCAGUCGAUGUGGCAGAAGUGCUGGAAUACUAACCAGAGCCUCGUGCACAAUCUACGCUUUCGUGAGCGUGGCCCCCUGAAGUCCUGGCGGCCCGAGACCAUGGCCGAGGCUAUCUUCUCUGUUCUGAAAGAAGGCCUGUCCCUCUCACAGGCCGCUAGAAAGUACGACAUCCCGUAUCCCACCUUCGUGCUCUACGCGAACCGAGUCCACAACAUGCUGGGCCCGAGCGCCGACGGCGGUGCCGAUCUGAGGCCGAAGGGGCGCGGUCGGCCACAGCGCAUCCUGCUGGGUGUCUGGCCCGACGAACAUAUCCGUGGCGUCAUCCGAGCCGUCGUCUUCCGUGACACUCACGCUCCGCACACCGCUCAUCACAUCAAAGAAGAGGUCUUACCCUAUCCCUCUAUCACGGAUGGAAUCACAGUGCCGAACGCGUACGGCAACACAGCGUGCGGCAACGGGCGCGAGGGUGGAGUGUCGCCGAACGCUGCCGCCGCCGCCGCCGUGGCCGCCGUGGCACACGGUCUUCGUCGCCAGAUGUGCAACAUGGUGGUGGCAGCGCAGCGUCCACCCGAUCAUCCGCCGCAUCUCGGCUUGCCUCCCCUGCCGCUGCAGUCGCCGCGGCUGCCGUCGCCGCUUUCGGCCGGGCUCGAAUCGCCACUCUGCUCGCCGCCUCCACCCGGUCACGCUCUUGAACCGCCAAAACCGGCUGAUCCAUUUCGCCCAUUCGCGUCUCCGCGUCCCGAUAGCCGCUACGGCGAGCGCGAUGUCGUCGCAGAGAUAACUGAGAUGGGCCCGCCGAAAACCCCUGUGUCAGGAAGCAAGAACGGCAAGGAGCUGUCAACGCCGGUGCCUGUGAAGAUGGAGCCGCCGCCCGCCGAGGCGCGUGCGGAGAACAUCUGA